AUGCAAUGUUCUCGUGGCGGCGGCCACUCGUGCGGCACUAUCGAAGGCGAUUGGAGGAGCUGGAUGAGUUUCUGGAGCAAGACAAAGCUCAACAUGCGAUCCGGCGGGCCAAUCAAGAUGGACGAGGCGCACUAUGUCGAGUCUCAACGUGCUUCAUCAAAUAUUGCGCCACGGCUGCAGCGAUUCUCUACCCAGGAUUAUAACACCAUUCUGGAGCGAUGCGAGGACCUAGAGGACUGGGUGAACGGCUUCAAGAUCGCCCAAAUUUUAUUCAGCAGAUAUCGGGCACCAAAGUUCGACUUUCAGUCUAAGGACGGCGCUGCGCCCAACACACGGACGAUUGCCCUUCUCGCCUCAAUCUUUGUCCGAUCUGGUCGACCUAGCAUGGCUGGAUAUUGGUUCAAAUCUCUUCAUGGUCGCUUUCCACAUCCCAUCCCGCUUGAUGUCUACACAGCCUUUCUAGGACAACUGUUGACUACUCCUGGAGAAAUACGAUUGAUGCAGUCUGUAUUGGACCAUUUGCAUAAACAUGGGCCAAAGCCUACGACUACAGUAUACAAUAAUCUCUUGAGGGCGAUCGGAACUCAGGAGGGCAUUAGUCGCGCUGAGGCAUUCGUGAAGCAUAUGUUGAGCCUGGGAUAUGCGGCUGACCGACAAUCGUUCCGAAUCCUUAUCGACACAUCGUUGAAGGAGUUGGAUAUGCCGAGGGCGCAUUACUGGCUGGCAGAGUAUGGGCGACAGGGCUUUGAAGUCAUACCCAGGAUGUUAGAGCCGUUUAUGAGGACCUGUAUCCGACAGAUCAUCAGGGACCAAGGCGGAUUCAGCACCCAGUUCGCAGCUGUGGACGCUGACUCGUACUCUCAAGAGUGGAUGUACAAGGCGCUACAUGUGAUCCGGUACAUGUCAAGUCAGGGAAUCGCACCGACAGCGACAACGUUCGAACUGCUGAUUGAAGGGCUUUUGUCGCAGGGCGACCUGCUACAGGCUAAGAAUGUUUUACGCAUUAUGAGAGGCAGCCCUCAUCUGUAUACUCCGGCUUCAAGGACCUGGAUCCUAUUCUUUGAGCACCACCUGGCUGUAGAUGACCAUUCUUCCGCAUGGAGGGUCCUGAAUGAGAUGCGACGAGCUAUCGAGACACAGCCGAUUUCAUAUGGUUCCGUGCCGAGAAGGCUAUAUCAUCAGCUGUUUCGUCAUCUUCUCGAGCGCGAUAAGCUUUCACUUGCAGAGAGGACUCUUUACGAGCUCAUGAUUCGCGAGAAUAGGUACCAGCCGAGGGAGAGCGAGGUCGUCGAUCUGAUCUGGAAGCUGGACCAUCAUCCGGAGGCAGCCGAACGGGUGUAUGAGUUGUUGUAUUCUCACACCGAAAAGACACCUGCUGGACGUCCAAAGACAGUGCACUCAAAUCGAAUUAUGGUGCAAGGACCGGUUCAGAUGGCGCACGUUGGAGUGAUGCGCGCCAAAGCCAGUUCACGGAAUGAUGCCUUGAGGGAUGAUGUCAUGAGGUCUUGGAACGCGAUGACCCAAUAUUUUACGGAGCGACAACUCAGCAGUGGUCAUUCGACAACCAGUCUGGAAGAACAACAGGUGAUGGCGCUUGCGUUCGAGCAAGUCGCCAAGGCCGCGCGUAAGUCAAAGUUCAUGGAGCGAGGCCAUGUCAGCGCACUGCAAGACCGAGGUCAAGGUGCGAACGACAAUCAGACCGCGGACGGAUGGGACUUUGGCCAGAUCCGUCGCAGUUUGAGUGGGGGCCUUGGCCUGGGACUAAGGGCAGGUUAUGGCAUGGGUGAUGCAUCCAUGGUGGCUGCUUCUCCUGCUGUUGCUGCUAGCAAUGGUGGAUCGGAAGCUGUCCCUUCGGCUUUAGCAUCAAGGCAUCUGGAGUUUAAGGGCCCCAAUCGUAUGCUGAUCCAACAACUCUUGAAGCGGCAGGAGUUCCUGCAGCCACUGUUGGAGCGCCGUGAUAAGAGCGCGUCGUCUACAGGAUCAUCGGCUAUGGAUACUACGGGCGGUCGUGAUGUCACCCGAUUUGAGACGCUGAAGAGCAGUUUUGAAUGGGUUCAGGAACACCAUAUUCCGAUCGGGAUCGAUGGGCUUAACAGCUACCUCGAAAGCCUGCUUUCCUACCAGAACGUUGAUGCUGCCAAGGAUGUUGUAGAACGGUUCCUUCUCAGCUCUGUCCCUAGCGCUAACGCUGACGCUGAGACCUCUACUACCUCACCUAAUACUACGGAGGUGGCCAGCAGCGAAGAAGGCAAGUCGCCAGUAUCGUCGUCAUCGUCGUCGCCACUUUGUCCGGACGUGAACACGGUUCGCAUCUUGAGCGAACACAAAGGGUUGAUUAUAGGGGGACUUGAGUUGGUGGAUCGGGUUCUAUGCAAGGGAGGGACCGAAUUGAGCAAGGCAUGGGCCGAGUACAUGGAAAGCUCCCGGGGUCGAGUGUCACCGCGCAUCCGGUCAUAA